AUGAAAUCUAGAAUAGUAGUCUUUAUUCUCUUUAUCAUUGUUAAGCUCUGUUCGGGUUCAGCUAAUGUUUAUACCGAUGAAAUCUACAUCAAAGAUAAUUACAAUCGAAUUCGCCUUUAUCAUGGUGCUAAUUUUGUUAACAAAGGAUUUCCAUGGUAUCCUUCUGAACUGCUCGACGCAGCUUUUGUUACAAAUAUGUCGUCGUGGGGUUUGAAUUUCGUUCGACUUGGAAUGAUGUGGACCGGAGUUGAACCAACACCAGAGAAAUAUAAUUACACAUAUCUCAAUGUGAUGAAACAAAUCGUUGAGUUACUUCAGAAAAAUCAAAUCUAUGUCUUGCUGGAUAUGCAUCAAGAUGGACUGAGCAGUCGAACAGGCUUGUACGACGGUAUCCCUCCCCAUAUUUAUGAUAAAUUUCCACCACCUGACCAUCCAUAUCCAUGGCCAUUCAAAAAUAUUUCAAGUUGGUUUCUUAAUUAUUUGACAGAAGCAUGUUCACAUGGUUUUCAAUGUUUAUAUGACAAUGUUGCUGGUGCAACUGAAUCCAUGGCGAAUUUUUGGCGUUUGGUCGCAACAACUUUCAACUCAUAUUCAAAUGUCUUAGGAUACGAGUUAAUAAAUGAACCAUGGGCUGGAAACUAUUUCGCCAAUCCAUUCAUUCUUCUACCUGGCAUUGCCGGGUCGGUGAAUCUUCAACCAUUUUAUGAUAAACUGUCGAAAGUCAUUCGAUCUGUUGACAACGAAACAUUGAUUUUUUAUGAGCCUGUCACAUGGGGAGUUCGAUUGAAUGGAAAGUAUUUUGGUAGUGGUUUCAGUCAUGUUCCCGGUGGAAACAAUUAUCGAAAUCGAAGUGUGUUCUCUUAUCAUUAUUAUUGUUCAAUUUUACAAAUUCAGCCGGUUCCGGGCAAUGAAACGAUUCCAAGUUUUGAUCGAAUCCUAUGUGAUGAUGUCGAAGGACCAGCUUUGUUUGCUUCAACGAUGAUUGAUGUGAAACAACUUGGUGGUUCAUCAUUUUUAACUGAGUUUGGUGGGUGUGAUGGUUCACCAACAUGUGAUGAACAACUCGAAUGGGCUCUGACAUAUGCAGACAAGUAUUUUCAGUCAUGGGCAUACUGGGGUAUUGUCUAUAAUGAUCAAGAUGCAAGUAAACGAAUAACUCGACCUUAUGCUCGCGCUAUUGCUGGUGAACCAAAUACAAUGCAAUAUGAACCUAACACGAAAACCUUUCUUCUUACAUACACGAUCGAUACAUCAAUUAAACAGGCAACAGAAAUCUUCGUUCCAUCGUUAGUCUAUCCAAAAUCUAGCUACAAUGUUAGUGUAAACGAAUAUAUUCGAUGGAAAGUUGAUCCAACGAACUCGAACGUUAUUUUAGUUGAACCCGUUGAACAAGGGAAGAAAAAUGUUUUGGCAUCAAUCAAAAUUAUGCCAACUCAAGUCUAA